AUGCCAGCGCCCGCUCCAGUCGCACAGCCGGCUGCGGGCGGGCCCGCGGGCUUCGCGUGGGGCAGCGGCAGGACGAUCCAGCUCGAUGCGGACGCCGUCGCGCGCGGGCGCGCCGCGAUCGGCCUGGACGAGGACGACGGCGCGGCAGCGCGCGACGCGGGGGGGGGUGGAGGUGCGGCGGGCGCCGGGGAGGCGCAGGCGCUGGACGUCGCGCCGGGGCUCGCGGGCUUCGGCUGGGCGACGGGCAGGAAGAUCGAGGUCGACCGGCAGGCCAUCGCUCGCGGCGGGGGGGUCGCGGCGGCCGGGGGCUUCACCGGCUUCGGAUGGGCCACGGGCCGCACGAUCGCGGUCGACGAGGCGGCGAUCGCGAAGGGCAAGGCCAUGCUCGGUCUCGACGGCGGCGGGGACGACGACAACAACGAGUCCGGGGGGGGCAGCGCGGACAAGCGGCAGGCCUUCCAGACGCCGUUCGCGGGGAAGCGCAUCCCGUUUGCGUCGCCGCUCGCGGCGUCCGCGGCCGCGAAGCAGUGGCGGUGGGUGGUGUGGAAGCUGGCGGCGCAGGAGCUGAAGCUGCCCGCCGCGCGCGGACUGCGGCUGACGCGCGCGACCGUGCAGAAGCAGCUGUGCGACAGGUACCGGCGGGAGAUCGCGGGGGGUCAGCGCCCGUCCCUACGGCGCAUCCUGAACGGAGACUCCCCCGCCUCACUCCCCCUCGUGCUGAUGGUGUCGCACGUGGACUUUCCGCCGGCCGUGGUGGAUCCCGACGCCGAGCAGGGAGCGGAGGAGCCGGCGCUCGUCCUGCCCCCCCCGCGCGUCGAGCUGUCGGACGGGUGGUACUGUGUCAGGGCGGAAGUAGACCCCCCCCUGGCGCGGCUCUUCCGCCAGGAGCGCAUCGUCGAGGGCGACAAGCUGCACGUUCGCGGCGCGCAGCUGUCUUGCAACAAUCCGGGGGAGCCGUGGGAGGUCGGCGAGAGCGUGUCGCUCCGGGUCAACUGCAACGCAACGUCGCCGGCGGCGUGGGACGCACGCCUGGGCUUCCAGCGGCCGGACAUCACCCUCACGCGCCUCGACCACGUCCAUCCGGACGGCGGCGUCGUCCCGGCCUGCGUCUUCGCGGUCCAGGCGGUCGGCCCGCUCCUGAUGUACGAGAGAGGGGCGUCGUCCGGCAAGCAGCAAGGCAGCGCCGCGGCGAACGAGGCCCAGGCCGGCGUGUUCCGUACCGCGAAAGCCGACAGCGUCGCGGAGAGCCUCCACGCCGGGAUCGUCACCAGGGAGGCCGAGAAGGCGUCAACGCAGGCUCGCGGCGAGGAGCGCGCGUGGUGCGAGCGCGUGGCGCGGGGACAGGCGCGAGCGUCCCCUGCGGAGCGCGCGUACGCGUCGACGAUGCUGAGCGCGGACGGCGGCGGCGCGGGCGACGUCGGGGACGCCACGGAGGCGGAGAUGCACGCCGUGUUUGCGUGUCGGCAAGAUGCGGUUGGGAAACGCGCCGAGGAGCUGCUGAAGCGUUCGCUCGAGAAGCUGCGCGUGCCGCAACAGCGCGACGUCAGUCCCGCGAUCGUCGUGGUCGCCGCGGCGGUGUUCCCGGAGGGCGCGAGCCGGGGGAGUUUUCCUGACGCCCCCCUUGCGCAGCUGCGCAUCUGGCGGCCGGACGACGCGCUGACGUCGCAGCUCAAGCCCGGCGCGGUGAUCGUCGGGACGAUGCUCGCUCCGCGUGGCGGCGCCGGCCGCAGACGCGACCUGCCGCUGCUGCUGCAGACCACACGAAGCACAAGCAUGCAUGUUGUCGGAACGCUGCCGGUGGCGGGCGUGACGUCGGCGUACGAGCCGGUGCUGGUGCACUCGACGGCGUCGCUGCUGGGCGUCGCGGAGCCGGCGGCGGGCUGGUGCACGCGGCGCGGGGGCGUGGACUGUGGUCAGGGCGCUGCGUCUGUCAUGCGGCGCAGCCCGAGUCUGUUCGCGCUGGUGGGCGUGGCGGUCGGGGCGUCGCAGGUGACGCCGCUCGAACACGGGCGCCUCGGGCAGUGGGUCUUCGUGUGCGACGCGGGGCCGGGCACCGCGCACGGCCAGACACGCUGGCUGACAGCGGUGCACGUCACAGGAUACCCUGAGUCAGGGGCGUUCGUGGCGGAGGGGAUGUGCGGGGUGGUGGCGUUCGAGGCGCUCGAGGUGCACCCGCUCGGCCGGGACGCGAAGAACGGGCUGGUGCGCGCGGCGGUGGGCGCAGGCACGCGGGUGUGGCAAGCAGCACCCCCUGGGGGCGGGGAGGCGUGGCGGGCCGCGGAGACGUGGGCGCGGUCGGCGGAGGGGCGGCAGGUGGUCGAGGGGCUGCGCGCGGAGGUGGGGCAGCUCGUGCGAGGCGGUAGCCGCUGA